AUGCCGGACCAGCGAGCUGUCACAGUGGCAAGAGCUCUUCUACAAAAUGUAGUGUGUCGUCAUGGUGUACCUUUGGAGAUACAUUCGGACCAAGGAAGAAAUUUCGAAUCCUCCGUGUUCAAGGAGUUGUUGAAGCUGCUUGGGGUCAAGAAGACACGGACGACCCCUCUGCAUCCUCAAUCCGACGGACUAGUAGAACAACAUCAGCGUGAUUGGGACGAGUGGAUUCCCAUGUUCCUUCUCGCUUAUAGAUCGGCACGAUAUGAGGCUACCCAACUAACGCCAGCGAUGAUUCUUUAUGGUCAGGAACUUCGUCUUCCCCUGCAGCUUUGGAGAGGAUUGCCUCCGGAAGUGGAAAGGGAAGAGGGUGUAGAACGAGGAUACUCGGAGUGGAUCCGAGGAAAAAUGAAGAAGAUCCACGAAUUUGUUCGACGCCGUUUGGAUGUUUACAGUUCGAAAAUGAAAUCCUGGUACGACAGCAGCGUGAACGCAGUGGAGUUUCAGCCCGGAGAACGAGUGUGGUUGUACCAACCACGAAGAGUGAAAGGAAAGUGCCCGAAAUUACAAGCGGACUGGGAAGGAUUCAAUGUUCACUCAAGAGGAAGUGCAAGGUGGUCCAUGUGCGCCGCCUUGCGAAAUAUAAAGGACGAUUUCAAGAGGAAAGAGGACGUCGAGGGACACCAUCGUGAAGAGUGA